AAGCCACACUCCAGCAGCCGGGUGCUAACAUUCUGCCGCAGAAUUUCAAACGAUUCGCAACCGUUUCGGUUGGUGUGGGAUUGUUUGUUUCCGUUUCGCAGUUUAAUUGCUCUCAGCUAGCAUUCGACAAAGUUUUAACUAAAAACAACAACCGUUUCCAUUUCGAGAUCAGUUCGACUAAUAUUGGCAGCUGCCCGAGACAUCUACAAAGCAAGCGAUUCGGGUUUUAAAUCUGCUCCGAUGGCUCGGAAUUGCAUUGGUUCUACGUGGUGGCCCCCGUGUGUUGUUGUCGGCGAUGCGGUACAGUGAACAGUGAAACUUGCGUAGCAAAAUAGUGCAAUCUAAUUGGCUUAUAACUUAGCAUCAUGCUGUUUCCAACACUUAUUCAGCUGGAUUGAAUUGGGAGUGCUUGGACGUGUGUGAAUUAUGCUUGGAAAGCAAGUGCGUAAAGGACUGUCUUUUAUGUUGAAGCCCACCUGCGGUACCGCUGUUGAGAACCUGGUUCUGUUCGGAAACCUAUAAAGCAAGUUCUUGUAGACUCCACGUGCUAAAAUUAGAACUGCAAUAUCCUGAACAACCUCGGUGACAACCGUCUAGGUAACCAGCUGAUCAUCUGUGUUUUUGGAAAGUUCAGACAACAUCCUGCUCUGUACACGGCUCAAAAUGGACAAGGGUCGUUAUUUAACGCGUAUCUGGUUUGGCUUGGUGGCGAUGGUGAUAAUCAGCGUACCGCAACGAGUCAUCGCAAUGCCAUGCACCGGUGACUCCGAUGGGCAAACAGUAAAUACCAUAAGAACGGAUCGACCGGCUGUAGCGGGAUCAAAGUCUAUGGGUGUCCCCGUUGCUGCACCAACGGUAGCUUCGUCGACGCCAUUAGCAAUCAAAAAAGAUCUCUUUAUGUCUCGUGGCUGGGGUGCCUCCGGUAUGCCAUUUUCAAUGUUUUACCUUAACCAUUACACCAAGGCACAAAAAGCCUAUGCACAGAACCAACUACACCAGCAGCAGCAACAUCAGCAGCAGCAGGAGCAGCUGCAACAGCAGCAACGGCAACAGCAAUUGCUUCAGUUGCAGAAACAGCAGCAGGAAGAACAACAACUGAAGCAACAGCAGCUCUUCAGGAUACAACAACAGCAAGACGAGCAUUCGUUGGUUGAUUAUCAAGAAGAUGCAACGACUAAGGGUGCCGGCUAUCCAUUGGUGCCGAAGACACUUCCCUUUGGCGCCCAGUACCCGAUAGAUCCCGAACCCAUCGCUGUACACGCGCAGCAACUGCGAACUGAUACAGACUAUGUCGACAGUUCUUCUUCAGUUCGUACAUCGAAGGUUAAUACUGCGCGUCGCCAAUACACCGUACCGCAGCUGUUCGUAUCGUAUGGUUGGGGACCGAUGGGAUAAACGCACCAGCCUUGGACACUUUGACAAACCCAAACAAACCCGCCGAGUAGUAAAACCUCCGCUCAACUAGCGAAUACGAAAUAUUCACACGAGGAGUGUUUUUUUUUAAUUAUCCCUGCAGCACUACUUUCCAGCACAAAUAUUUCAUUCUAAGUGUUACAAAUUGUACUGUAAAAUUAUUCUCAACAAUAAUAUAAAAAUGCAUGAUGUAACUCAAUGUAUAGCGCAACGCAUAUAGUAAUGUAAUUAUCAGAGAAAUUCUAAUUAAAACAAACAGAUUAUGAAAAUCCACAAUUGGGAUUUACAAUAAACAUUAGGAUGCGUUAUCUGCUACGCAAUAUUCUCUA